CCAGGAAUCAAUAGCAUGCUUCAGCGAAAGAUAGCUGAACUAGAAGAGGAACAGUCUCAAGGGUCUACUACCAACAGUGACUGGAUGAAAAAUCUGAUCUCACCUGAUUUAGGUGUUGUAUUCCUUAAUAUACCUGAGAACCUGAAGAACCUGGAUCCUAACUAUAGAGUAAAUAGGAGUGUAGAAGAAGCUUGGUUUACUCUCCAAUACUUAAAUAAAUUGUCUAUGAAACCAGAACCUCUUUUCAGAAACAUAGGAAAUACCACUGACCCUAUCAUUUUAUUUCAGAAAAUGGGAGUUGGCAAACUUGAGAUGUAUGUGCUUAAUCCUAUCAAAAACAGCAAAGAGAUGCAAUAUUUUAUGCAGCAGUGGAGUGGUACUAGCAAAGAUAAAGCUGAAUUCCUGCUACCAAAUGGCCAAGAGCUAGACAUUCCAUUAUCCUAUUUCACCUCUGUCUCAUCCCUGAUUGUGUGGCAUCCAGCUAAUCCUGCAGAAAAAAUAAUCAGAGUUCUGUUUCCUGGAAACAGCACCCAGUAUAAUAUUCUAGAGGGACUAGAAAAACUCAAACAUUUAGACUUCCUUAAACAGCCAAUGGUUACACAAAAAGACCUAACUGGAAACAUUGCUAGUCCAUCUGUGAAACAAGCAAAGGUGAAACAAGCAAAGUUGAAACAGCGAACAGACAGCAAGGAGAGUCUGAAGCCUGCUGCAAAGACACCACCAAGUAAGCCUGUCAGAAAGGAAUCUAAAGAAGAAACACCAGAGCCUGUGAAGCCAAGUCCAGUACCAGAAAAGCCUCAGAAGCUGGAAAGCAAAGAAAAAGUUCCAGUUAAAAAAGAAAAACCAGCAAAAGUAGAGACCAAACCAAUAGUGGUGGAAAAAGACAUAGCAAGUAAGGAAGAACUAGUGAAAUCUGAAAAUCCUGAAAAACAAAGUACAGAUGUAAAACCGAAACUGUCGAAGGAGAAGACAGUGAAAAAGGAAGUCAAACCAAAACCUGAAGAAAAGAAGGAGGACAAAGAAAAACCAAAGAAAGAGGUUUCUAAAAGAGAAGAGAAAACACCUGUCAAAAAAGAGGAAAAACCAAAAAAAGAAGAGAUCAAGAAAGAAGUUAAGAAAGAGGUGAAAAAGGAAGACAAGAAGGAAGCUAAAAAGGAAAUAAAGAAAGAAGCUUCAACAAAAGAAGCUAAAAAAGAAGCUAAAAAAGAAGAGAAGAAGGAAAUCAAGAAGGAAGACAAAGAAGCCAAAAAGGACAUCAAGAAGGUUCCUAAAGAAACAAAGAAGACAGCUACUCCUUCAAAUGAAGCCAAAAAGCCAGCAGCAAAGCCUAAACCACAAAAGAAGGAGGAACCUGCUAAAAAAGAAGCAAUACCUGCUGGAAAGCCAAAGGAAAAAGGAAAAGUUAAAAGUGUGAAGAAGGACCUCAAAGUCAGUGGAGCACAAGCUGCCCUUGCAGCAGUUGGAGCCACAACUGUAGCAGCUGCAGAAAUUACAGCCGGUGGAAAGGAGCUUGAGGCAGAAAGAUCCCUUAUGUCUUCACCAGAG